CUUGUUUGAAGCAGCACAGUUUUGCUACUCCAAACACAAGAUGGCGCCUCAAGACACGAACCCGAAGAAGCGGUCGGCCUCGGACGCCAGCUUCAAGACAAAGGACGCGUCGUCCAAAGCGCAAAAGGCAGGUGGUGCUGAUGGCAAACCAUCCUUCAAGAAGACAGACGCCAAGAAGCCUUGGCAGGGCAAGGAUGGUGCCAAGAAGCCAUUCCAAGGCAAGGAUGGAGACAAGAAGCCUUGGCAGGGAAAAGAUGGUGCCAAGAAGCCUUGGCAAGGAAAGGACGGCGACAAGAAACCUUGGCAGGGCAAGGGAGACAAGUCCGCGACCCCUGUCGACUACAAGCUGCAGCGCAAGAUGAGUAGUCCGCAUUACGAGAUGGUGAAGCGCGCCAAGGAGAUCUGGAACCUCAUUCGUGAGCGCGACUUUGACAAGGUCAAGCGUGUGCCGCUUGUGGACGAAUUGUUCCACUUGGUGUCUGGCAAAAUUCACGACGUUGCCGCCAAGCAUGACGCGUCGCGUGUGAUCCAGUCGCUGCUCAAGUACGGCACGGUGGCGCACCGCAGCAGUACGAUCAAGGAGAUGCUGCCACACAUUCUGGAAAUGGCCAAGCUCCAGUACGGGUGCUUCUUGGUGACCAAGAUGCUCAAGUACGGGUCCAAGGACGACCGCGCGCUGAUUGUCAAGGAGCUCACGGGCAGCGUGGUCAAGAUCGCCACGCACAACGUGGCCGCGACCAUUUUGGAGUGCGCGCAGGACUUUUUGCAGCCGCGCCAGCUGAGCGGGCUCAAGCUCGAGUUUUACGGCAAGGAAUUUGCGUACUUCAAGUCGGAGAUGGAGGCCAAGAAAAAGACGCUGGCGGACGUGGUCGAGCAAUCGCCGGCCAAGAAGCAGGAGAUCCUCACGCACGUGGCCGACGUGCUCAACCGGAUGGUGGACAAGCAGCUGCUCGGCCUUGCGUUCGUGCAAGCUUUGAUGCUCGAGUACUUGACGGUGGCAUCCCCGGACCAGGUCAAUGCCAUGAUCCCUAACAUCCGCGACGCGGCGGUGGCGCUCUUGGCGACUCGCGCCGGAGCCAAGGUCGUGGUCAAGUGCUUGUCAUUGGGCAAUGCCAAAGAUCGCAAGCGCGUGAUCAAGACCCUCAAGGACAAAGUGCUCGAAGCAACCAACCACAUCAGCGGGUACCUCGUGCUGCUGCGCGUGCUAGACGUGUUGGAUGACACCGUGUUGGUUCAAAAGUCGGUCUUGUCUGAGCUGCAAGACCACUGGCUCAGCGUGGCGUUGCACCAGAACGGCAGCAAGGUCCUGCUCCAACUGCUCUCGCCUCUCAACACCAAGUACCUUGGCCCGGACGAAAUUGCGCUGCUGCAACCUCCCAUGGUCCCUGCCGACAACGAUUCCAACGAACUCGUGGUCAACUACAAAAAGGACCCCGACACCCGCCGCAAUGAACUGUGGGCAGGUCUCAAGACCCCCAUCGAAACCAUGUGCGCCGGGGACGUUGACGCGCUGCUUCGCUCCAAGAGCGGCGGCCACGUUUUGUUUGAGGUCACCAAGCAGUCGGAUAAUGCCGAGCUCCUUGACGCGGUCGUGAAAACCGUCGUCCACGACGAAACCCCUACCGAUGGCACCCUUGAACCUCUGUUCGCCGAUGCCAUCGCCCACAAGCACCUGCAGCGCCUGAUCCAGCACACGACGUCGGUCGGCCCCGCGCUUCUCGCGGCGCUACCUGCGUCCCGCGUCUCCCAGUGGGCGGAAUCCAACCGUGGCGCGUACGUUCUCCUCGCGUUCCUCGACGUGGCGGGCGGAAAGCCAGCUUUGGUCAAGGCCCUCAAGGGCAACAAAUGGACGCCGGCGCACAAGGCACAAAAAGGAACCUCGCUCUUGUUGGAAAAAUUAGAGUUAGCCUAGCGCGACUAUUUACUGAAACUUGAUAUUUUGUGCUCUA